UCUCUUCUGACAGCCUGUUCUCCCAGGUGAGAGCGCCACUGGUACCUCUCGCUGUGGGCGGGCAUUCUGCCCUGAUGACUUCACCUGUACCUGUGCCGGGGGACAGGGGUUAUAGCGUCGCCUCCCCGGGGAUGACAUUCAAGGCGGUAGCGACGCGGGCGUGAUGGUCUCGCCUGUCUGUUAUCGGCACACCUCUGGAUGAUAUUUCGUGUCUUUCAAUAAUAAGCAAAGGAGCCAUACUGACCAGGACUCGUUCGACAGGGCUGUUUGGAUUUGCACAGUGGCAGAGGGGUCUGGUUCAAAGGGGGCUCAAUGGCGCAGGUGCACAGGUGCACCGUGGGGACUGAGGCCGCCGAGGACUGUACUUCCCGAAGGGAAGCAAGCUGGAGCUCCGAAGAGCACGAUACACCAACUAACACUUACAAGCAGAGGACUGAUGAAUUUAAGAAGCUUUUCAAAGAUUUACCUGAGUCCGAAAGGUUAAUAGCUGAUUAUGCCUGUGCACUUCAGAGGGACAUUCUACUGCAGGGACGCCUCUACCUCACCGAGAACCGGCUCUGUUUCCACAGCAACUUCUUCCUCUGGGGCACUACGAUAACAUUGACACUGAAAGACAUAACGUCAAUGACGAGGGAGAAGACGGCUAAACUUAUUCCCAAUGCCAUUCAAGUAUCAACUGAGAGUGACAAGUAUUUUUUCACAUCGUUCUCUGCACGAGAAAGAAGCUACCUCAGUGUUUUCCGAAUGUGGCAGAACUCACUACUAGACAAGCAACUGACGAAGCAGGAAUUCUGGCAGAUGGUCAGACAGCACUAUGGCAGUGACCUGGGGCUGAACAAUGAAGAAAUGGAGAGCUUACAGGUUUCCACAGACAGCACCUCUCAGGCUGGUUCUGCCAUGAAGCAAAGUGGCGAAGAGCAUGCAGGCCGGCUGGAGAGACCCUCUACCCUCAGACUGCCGCUGGUGGAGACGGCGGCGGCCGAGUUCACCACCACCAGUGAGGAGGCGCCCCAGCCCUCUCCGGUCGUCCUCAAUGGCAAUGCGCUGAGCGUGGAGGAGCCCAGAGAUGGUAACGUGCGCCUCAGGACCCCAGGACAGCCGCCGGACAGGCACUCUCAAGAGAGGGUCUCCAAACGGUCUGUGCACUCUCUCGACCUGAACAGCAACGAGGACCGGCUGACGGAGAGGAGCACGUCCGAUCCGCUCGAGGAGGAGCGACUGGGCUCCAGUCAGGGCCAGGGACGGCUGUACGUCAAUCGAGUGUUUCACAUCAGUGCCGAGAAGAUGUUUGAGCUGCUCUUCACCGACUCGGACUUCAUCCGGAGAUUCAUGAGCGAACGGAAAAUCACAGGAAUGGUGGCCACUCCAUGGAAGAAGGACAGCUCUGGAGGCCAAAGGAGGACUUUGAAUUACACCAUCACCAUCUCUAACCCACUGAUCGGCAAGUUCUCCACUGCCACAGAAACACAGGCCAUGAACAAGGACAGCCAGGAGGGGCAGUAUUACCUGGUCGACGCGGAGGUCUUCACCCACGACGUGCCCUACCACGACUACUUCUACACCCUCAACCGCUACUGCAUCAUUCGCUCGUCCAGGCGCCGCUGUCGUCUCCGUAUCUACACCGAUGUGAAGUACAAGAAGCAGCCCUGGGGUCUUGUGAAAUCCUUCAUCACUAAGAACUCCUGGAGUGGUCUGGAAGAUUAUUUCAGACAUUUGGAGACCGAGCUGCUGGAGGAGGAGGCGGAGCUGAAUCAGGGCUCUGGGGACCCCAGCAAGCUGAGCGCCGCGCGGCGCCGCAGGAGGGGCUGCAACCGCUCCCACCUGGACCACCUGGGCAUGCCGGGCAAGUCACUCUCCGCGGGGGACCUGGGACCCGGAUCCAGGGCCGGCCCGCCAGGAGCAGUACUUGAUUUCAAGGGGACACAGAAAUGGAGCCUCACCACCAUUGUAGCUUUUAUGAGUUUAAUACUCCUGGUUCUGACUGUGCUCAAUCUGAGUUUGUUCUUCAAGCUGUGGGCCAUGGAAGAUAUAGCACACAGGAUGCACAUCAGCACUAAGAUGCGACUCAAGGACAAAACCAAUUUAAAGUUAAGCCCCGAUUUGGCUUCUAGACAGUUUCCCCAUCAGAAAAGCCAAGAGGAGCGAAUGUUGUUGAGAACUGUGCUUCAGGACUCCAUACACCUCCUGGAACAGCUGAGAAGUUCCCUCAUCAUGCUACAGAGGAAUUUUGAGCUGCAGAACAAAACCGGGGUGACACCAUGAUUUCAGGAGUCCUGCAGUAGUGAUGUAGAACUGAUGCAACAAAGCAAAUGGAAAAAUGUUUUCUCCACCUGUAAGAGUUUUAUGUUGGAGAGGCUGGUGUGCAUAUGAUCAGCAGAUAUCGGGGAAAUAUCACAGAAUGCAAUGAAAGGUGCAAUAUAAACCAAAGAAGAGAAAGGAAAUUCUGUGUAGAUUGUGGAAUUCUUAUGGGAUGGGUUUUUAUGGAAUAUGGAAUGGGUUUUUUUAAGGUCAUAAAAGAUUAAAUAUUUUGUUGACUAAAAGGAAAAAUACAGUCCUCCAGUUUAUUUCUCUUUGUAAUUUGAACAGGAAUGAGGCCUAUUGAUAUGGUAUGGAUCUACUAUAUUAGUAGGAAACGGGCCCAAUCCAGGCUUUCUGUGCGGAUUGGAGAAUCCAGUAGCUCACCAAAUGAAGAAUGCAGAAAAGCUUUCAAAGAUUUCCAAGAGCCGAGAUAUAUAUUUUUUUAGCUGUGUUCCUUUCAAUAUCUCAAAACUGGAUGUGGAGUUUAUAUACUGCACAUAUACGUCUAUAAACAUAUGCUAAAUUAUUUUGAGAGAUGUGUAUUUUGUUGUCUUUUGUUUUUAAUUGCAAAUAAUUUCUGGUGUGAAUGAAUGUCUGCCUGCCGUUCUGGUCCUGAUGAUUAUAAACCCACAGCAGUGUGAAGUAUGUCUCAGAGUGCAGUAUAAAUAUCUUACCCCACAUAAUGCCAGCCGAGAAGGCAAGAACGUUUCAGUUUCGUCCCUUGGGACGGCAUGGCAGUGAUUGUAUACUGAAGCAGAAUGGUAUUUUACCAUUUUUAGCUUUGUCAGAAAAGACUUUUCCACUUCAGGGGAGUUUUGUAAUGCAAACAUUAAAAGAAUGUAUUUGUAAUGAAAAUAUUUUUUUUUACUUAAAUAUUAUGUCCAGAAAAAUUCCAAUUUAUUGCUACAGAGGGGUAUGAAAUGCAGUCAUCAAAAGGUUUAAAUAUAUUUUCAGAAUAUUUAAUUGCUUUUGAAGUUAGCUGUUAGCUAGGAAUGCUGCAUCUCUUUAGAUAAGAUUACUUUAUACACAUUGAAGACAUGUGGGGAUAAAGUCUUACAGAUAGCUGAAAGUAAAAUCAAUUUGUUUAAAAUAUUUCUAGCUAAUUUCAACAAGAUGGCAAUGAUUUCGUUAAUUUAUUGUUGCACAUUGAGAUGCUUUAAAGCAUUUGUGCUCCUUUUGUUUUCUGAAUAGGCAGAUCUCCAAGGAUGGAUUUAUGUACGGUACAUUAUUUUAAAACAAGAUUUUUUUUCAAUUGUCUAAUUAAAAUAAGUUUAAGAAACAAAAUGAGUGAUUACAAAUUCUGGUCUUUUUUUUAUAUAUACCUAUAGAAGUGUGUAUAUGUUCAGCUAGUCAAAUGUUUACAAUAAUAUAUUGGACCAAACAAAGACGAUGGCAUCUCUGCUCCUGUGUGACUGCAUACAACUGUAUAGUUUAACUAUUUAGUGCCUUCUUUUGUACACUCUGUGUUACUUUACAAACGAGAAUUGUAAACCUUGUAACACGAAGUCAAUUAUGUUUGGACUUUAUGAUUGCUUUUUUGACAAACUACAGAAGAAAAGUUAAAGUACUGCACUGUAAGUAUUGUCACGUUGACACUGUCAAAAUAAAUCUGUUUUUUCCCCCAA